CUCACACCGUAAAGGACUACGAAAGUGCUAAUGUAAAAUUCUGACAGCUGUGCCUUGCGUGGAAACAGCUCGGAAUACUGGACACUGGCAGAGUGUGCGGGUUCCUGCCUUGGGUCAGUGGGAUGCCUGAACACAGACUGUUCCUCCUGAGACACGGGGAAGGGGCCUGGAACAAAGAGAAUCGCUUCUGCAGCUGGGUUGACCAGAAGCUGAGCGAGGACGGUGUCAAGGAGGCACAGGAGUGCGGGAGGCUCCUCAAAGAGAUGGGCUGCCAGUUUGACAUGGUGUUCACCUCCAUCCUCAGCCGCUCGGUGCAGACAGCCUGGCAGGUGUUGGAGGUCAUGGGGCUGGAGUGGGUCCCUGUGGUGAAGAGCUGGAGGCUGAACGAGCGCCAUUAUGGGGCUCUGAUCGGCCUCAACCGCGCCGAGAUGGCCCUGAACCAUGGCGAGGAGCGCGUCAAGUUGUGGCGUCGCAGCUACGACGUGACUCCGCCCCCCAUCGACGAGUCCCACCCCUUCUUCACGGAGAUCUACAAUGACCGACGGUACAACAGCUGUGACAUUCCCAAAGAAAACCUCCCCCGCGCCGAGAGCCUAAAGGAUGUGCUGGAUCGCUUGUUGCCCUACUGGGACAACAUAAUCGCCCCCGAGAUUAAGCGUGGGAAAACAGUGCUGCUCUCUGCCCACGGCAACAGCUGUAGGGCUCUCCUGAAACACCUUGAAGGGAUCUCAGACAGUGACAUCGCUGGCGUCACUUUGCCCACCGGCGUUCCGAUUCUGCUCGAGCUGGACGGCGACCUGCGUCCAGUCAAGCCCCGGCAGCUCCUGGGAGACCAGGCCAAGAUUCAGGCAGCUAUCAAAAAGGUGGAGGACCAGGGAAAAGCCAAGCCGGGGGGCAAAUAAUGGACAUGGGGAUGGAUCCUAUAGUUAGGGUUACUGUGCUAACAUGGUUUCAUGAUUAACCCAUCAGAAUGUUUUUAGCAUAUAUCUGGGUUCAGCCUCUCUAUGCCACUAACCAUAAACUCUGAUGCUGACAGCAAAAGCUGUACAUCUAUACAGAUUUCAGUAGGGCAUCCAAGAAAGACAGCCUGUUCAAUGCACAUUUCAGGCACAUUUGCUCUGCCUGUUACAUAAUCCUUUGUUUACAUGUUUUUGUUAGAUUGUUUAAAAAAAAUAACACAUGAAUUGCAGAAAUAUUUUCAUACCUUAGCCCAGUGGUUCUCAAUCAUAUUCCUACCCCCCCCCGCCAGAAUAUUUGUAUUCUUACCCUAAUUUAAUCAGGCUCAUAUGGUCAUUAAUAGGCUAAUAAUGAAUGUGGCAGGUUGAAAACAGUUUAGGUUCAUUCUGGCGGGGGAGAUUGAGAACCACUACUUUAGCCAAAUGCCUUACAGCUACUAUACUUCCGGUGAAAACACACUAGCAAAAUUAACCACUAGGUGGCGCAUCGCCAUAAUUGCAGCACAUAGUAUUUACACAUCGAGCACUCUUUCGUUCCCCCACUCCCACGUUUUCUUUGUCUCCCUUACUUACCAAAUAUUAACAUCACAGUUCAGGGACAUGUUUAUUUAGAAUUGAAUGCUUUUUAGUUAGAUUUAAUUGUUAACCUGAUACACACACACACACAGACAUAUAAGAUAGGUGUGCCUCUGGUAUUUGUUAUAUAAAAAUGCCCAUUGUUUCAGUGAGGUAACUGAUGACAUGCUUGGCAUCCUCCAGUGUCCACAUAGUGGAACCAGCAACAAGUAUGUUCUGCUGGUUAUAUAAAUCGAAACGUCGCCCAUUAAUGCUGGCUGCCUUCCGUAAUCUACCGCCAGGAAUUUCGCUUUAAAAUAAUGCCUAGGACUUCCGUGAUGUCUGUUUGAAGGAUAUCUGCAUCAAACUAAGAAUUUCAAUUGAUCCCAAAAUUGGUGAUACCGCGACAUAAUGCACUUUUAACGUGUUUCUACUGGCACAUUAUUUAUUUAAAUUAUUUGCUUAUUUGAAACACAAUUCAGAUUCUGUUUAAGAAUCAUAAACUUGAGUCAAACAUGUUUAAAUAUUGGAAAAUGUAGUUAUUUGUCAAUGCAAUGUAGUCCCUGACUCUACACAGAUAGAGACUCCAGCCAGCUGAAUACUGGCUACAGUUGCAGAAGGUACAGUGCACAAGAUUCAUUCUUUCAGGUCUUUUCACUGCUGGUAACUUGCUCUUGUUUGUAUGUUUUGUUAGGUCAAAUACAGAUUACAUUAUUGUUAAAAUAUUUAUUAUAAGUUUAUAUGUAUUUAUAUAUAUUUGUUUCCAUCCUGUAAUAUAGUACACUCAAACAGAUCUUUCUAAAGUUAUAUGGAGCAGUAACUGUGGCGCAGUAGUGGGUAUUUAUAAUGUCUUAAUAAAGGCAAUAAAAUAACUUCUGAACACCUGAAA